AACCUUAGCGAAUGAAAGGCCAAGAAUGCAACGUCUGCCACGCCCACUGUAGCGCAGCGUGGAAUCUUGCUUCGCGUUGAUGCAGACAACUAGUUCCACAAGGCGAACCCGCUCCGAGUAACCGCAGCCUCGAGCCCAGAUGCGACUCUGUCUCCUCUGGGGCGCGUUGGGCGGGAGGCUAUGAUAAAGACUGAACUUGGUAACUUGCACACAGUAUAACAUAAACGCAAUUGAAUGCAAGUUAUAGCAGGGUUGGAUCGUUGUAAUUCUCGACAUUGAACCCUGAUUUUAACCUCACCAGCAGCCGAUACAGACAGACAAAAAGGACCGCUUCUUGUUCCUCCCGAAUCGCCUUUGAAUGUGAGCUGUCCGCGGUACCUGGACGGGAAAGAUGCAGCAAAGAAGAUGCAGCUUUUUUAUGGUUUUAUCCUUUUUACUACAGAUGGGAAACGCAGAUGUUUUUUCUGGUGACCAUGACCGCUACACGACCAGGACCGGUGAGGGGAGGAGGUGGUCGGACAGCCCAGUCCUGGUGUACCGUCACGUGGACCAAGAUGGCCAGGAGAGGACCCUGAGUCUGGAGACACCCGGGUGGCAGCGUGGUGGGGACAGAGACAGUCUCCAUGCCUUGGUUAACACCCUCAGUGCCCAGCACCAGGCCAGACUGGACAGCUUCAGCAGGGACAUGGCCAGGGUGGACAGCCUCCUCACCCAGUCCUCCCAGACCCAUGCCAGGCUGGCUAAGCUGAUGCCCGCUGCCCUGCUGGAGUCCCAGUCCCGCCAGGCGCCCCGUGGGCAUGGAGCCGUCAGCCUGUUGGCACAGCCGGAGCAGGAGGUACGGGUGGAGAACGCUCCGGUCUCAGCGCGCUGUAUGGUCACCGUGAAGCUGCAGGUUGAUGUGAGGAGGUUAACCAUGUCUCUUCUAAAGCGGUUCAGAGAGGGGGUAGCUGCUGCUCUGGACAUCUCCCCCAGACACGUACACAUCAACAGACUCAAUGAGAGGAAGAAUGGCAUUGAGCUGUAUGUGUCAUCUGAUAGGCCAGGGGCCACGGAGCCCCUCCCAGCAGAGGAAGUUAUCCAAUCACUGAACAUCAACACCCUGCAUCGUAGCCUGGGUCACUUCGGCAUCACAGAGGUCUCCUCGGAGAAGAAUGUGCUACAGGAUCAACAUGAGAGGGACAAUAUUUGGACUAAAGAGGGAUUCUUUGCUGCGGUCAUCUUCCUCACCAUCUUCAUCAUCAUCAUCACCUGUUUGAUGGUCCUCUACCGUCGAAAGGAGAAGGUUGAAUAUUCUGACAGGCAGACCAAAGAGCAGUCCGUGUUCCCCAGCCGCGACCUUCACCUGACCCCUGUCACCGUCCCACCCCCGGUCCCGCUGCACGCCGUCGGAGCCCAGACCCAGCCCCAGGUCCCCUUCUCUAGCAGCAUGGUCCAAGCAGAGCCAGCACCGCCUUCUACACCCACAUCCAUACCUCCACCCAGAGCCUGCCGUCCUCCACCCACCACCCCUGUCCCCAUCCCUGUCUCCAGCUCCAGCUGUGGUCCUCCGCAGCUCCCCCCUGCCCACCAGAAACCCUGCCUGUCAGCCAGCCCCUCUCCCUUCAGGAUGAAGCCUGCCGCGUGUCUCCAGGAGAGGAGAGGCUCCAACGUCUCCCUGGUGCUGGACAUGUCCUCCCUGGCCUCGGUGGAGCCCCUGAACUGUGGGGUGGUGACCCCCAGAGAGAGGGCCACUCAGGACUACCUGCAGUCAGCCAGCCGGACCCUGUCCAGACAGCAGCUACGAGACGUGGUGCUCAACACACAGACGCUGCACGCAGAGUUCGCUGAAAUCCCAAUGAACUUUGUGGAUCCAAAGGUGAUGGACAUUUCCAGUCAUGGAACCAAAAACAGAUACAAGACAAUACUGCCAAAUCCACAUUCCAGAGUGAUCCUGAGGACCAAGAGCUCCUUCGACCCUCUCAGCAGCUACAUCAACGCCAACUACAUUAGGGGUUACCUAGGCGAUGAGAAGGCCUACAUCGCCACCCAGGGUCCCAUGAUCAACACAGUGAAUGAUUUCUGGCAGAUGGCCUGGCAGGAAGACUGUCCUGUCAUCAUCAUGAUCACCAAGCUCAGGGAAAAGAAUGAGAAAUGUGUUCUGUACUGGCCAGAGAGGCGUGGUAUCUAUGGCAAGGUUGAGGUGCUCAUUAACAACGUGACAGAGUGUGACAACUACACCUGUCGGACCCUCAACCUGAAGCAAGGGGCCCAGAGUCGUGUGGUGAAGCACUACUGGUACACAUCGUGGCCGGACCAUAAGACCCCAGACAGCGCCCAGCCCCUGCUCCAGCUGAUGAGAGACGUGGAGGAGGACAGGACGGGCUCCCCAUCGCAGGGACCCGUCAUCGUACACUGCAGCGCAGGGAUUGGCCGAACGGGCUGCUUCAUCGCCACGACAAUAGGCUGUCGUCAGUUGGAGAUGGAGGGAGUGGUGGAUGUGCUGGGGAUUGUGUGUCAGCUCAGAGCGGACAGAGGAGGUCUGAUCCAGACAGGGGAGCAGUACGAGUUUGUCCACCACGCCUUGAGCCUCUUCGAGACCCGCCUCUCCGCCGACACCGGCCAAUGAACAGAGGCCAGGAAUUUUUCGUUAAAACGUGCCAGGUUUUUCCAGGAAGUGGAAUUUAAUUCCCCCUAGCGGGAAGGACCUAUCUUACCUGGUGACUGUGAGGUCAUGUGACUAAUGAGGAAGUGGAUGUUCGGGUGACGAUUGGAUGGUAGAUGUCCUUGUGGGCUUUGUCUUUGUGGACAUGUAUGGACAGCCUGGACUGCUAUUGGCUGAUUGAUUGAGUCUCCUUACAGAGAGAGAGAUGGAGGUAUGGACAGGUGAUUAUGUCUCUGAAUGUAAUGUAUCCUUUCUUCUCUUCCUCUCUUUCCUCCUCCUCCUCUUCUUCUACUACUUCCUGUCAUUCGUGAGCAGCUCUGCUUCUGAAAACGUUGUUGUGAGCAACCUGCCUCUGUCCAAUCAAACUCUCUGAUACUGCAGCUCUGUCCAAUCAGAUUGCCUGAUAUUGAUUCUGUAGUAUACCUACACUCUGACCUCUUACUACUAUGUGCUACAGUAGAUGGGUAGGUAGUCUGUGGUCCUUGAAUCGUCCAUGGUGUUUCUAUUAAAAAGCUAAAGGUACGUUGUCGAAACGAA